UCAAUAAACCUUAUUUCGGCACAAUUCAUUUUGCAUUACUUAUCUGCUGUUCCGUAGCCAUAUCUAUCAAUCGUUUGUCGGACGCUAAGGUAUCCUCUAUAUAUGCUCUCUCUCCUAGCUGAUUUACAAUACGCUAGCUAAUAGGGCUCAGUAGCUUGUGGGAAAUCGGUCAGCUUCUCUAGUGUUAACAGUCUUAUUGUGUAAUAAGGAUUCUCUAUCCAUCUAAGGUUGAGGACAGGCCCAUUUUUAAAGGAAGUCUCCAAAGAGCUAUUGUUGGGUGGGUAAUAUAACACUCAAUCAGUUCCACAUGACUCGUCAUGAAAAAGCUUAGACCUACACUAUUACUCCACUUAACGUCCAGAUGAUGAUCAUAAAAGUCUCUCAGAGUCAUUUGAUGAGAAUACCGAGGAACUAGGCGAAGUGUUGAUCGGUCACUUUUAAUUGUCAUACUUAUGAAUUACAGUUUCGAAGCUUAUCAGUUAAUAUCAGCGAUAUCGAAACUUGUUUUUCUUCUGUCAAUUCUUACAGAUCUAAACUAUACUAUGACAAAUAACGAGAAAAACACUGGAGUGGAAAACCAGCCGAGCUACUUAGCUAUUGCUUCGUUUAUAGGUCUUUCUGGUUUGUCCUUAGCAGCAGGAUUUACGUACAAGAUACUCUCAGUCAAGAAAACUCAUGCACUCUCGCUCGCACAAGCAUUCCACCACAACAGAGAUAUACAUGAACCUCCUAUACGCUUUGUUACUCGCGCUUUUGGCAUAGCAACAAUCAUCACAACGUCUUCACUAGGAGCAAUAUCUCUGCUCAUAUGGUACAUCAUGAAACCGACAGGCCGAGUCGAUUUUAAUCAACGUAUGCGGAAUAUUUUCCCCUCAAAAUGGAGGACAAAACCAUCACCUAAAUCCGAAAUUCAAACAUUCGAUGAGCUUUAUGCCUUCCUGAUAAAUAAUUCUGUGACCAAGAAAUGA